AUGAAAUCAUGAACGGUUACUUGAUUCCAAAGAAUACUCCAGUGUGGAUUCCUAUCUACGCAAUCCAUCAUGAUCCUUUAAUUUGGGGUGAUGACGCUGAAUAUUUUGGAAGACUGGAAUAUGCCGGAAACCGCCGAAAUUUAGCAAUUUUGGCCCGCAUUA